GAGGAGGCGGCGCUGGCCAGGGCGGCGGCGGCUGGGGCGGCGGCAGGGACGGCGGCGACAGGACGGCCGGCCGGACGACAAGGGCAAAGGCAAGGGCAAAGGGUCCGCCGACGAGUCGUCCAAGGGCAAGGCUAAGUCCAAGGCGCCCAAAUUGGAGGACGACGACAAGCCUGCUGGGGGCAAGGCGAAGGGCAAGGCCGCGAAGGGCGGCGACGGCGAGCCCAAGGGCAAGGGCAAGGGCAAGCCCGACGGCGACGGCGGCGGCAGGAAGGGCAAGGCCAAGAUCAGCGAGGACGCCUACGACGACGACGACCAGGCGGAGAAGCAGAAGCCCAACCGGAAGGUGGGGGCCAAGGCCAACGGCCAGACGGCCAGCCGCACCUCCUCCACGACCAUGGGUGCCAUGACGGACGAGCUGUUCGAGGACCUGGAGGACGUGUCGCCGCUCACCAGGCAAGCAAUCGCGGAGGUGUUCGAGUACGUGAACAUGACGAAGGC